AUGGGUCUGAAAGUCCUUUCCUGUGCCUCGUUGGCUCUUUGUUGUGCACAGGGGCUGCAUAAACUGACAGCAUCAGGGCUGGCACUGUUCCUGGCAGCAUCCUUUGUUGUGUUCUCCUGGAGUGCCCCUCAGGCUCAUUUCCAAAGGAGAAACUGGACUCCUCAGGCCAUGCUCUAUCUCAAGGGUGCACAGGGACGUCGGUUCAUCCCAGAGGAGAGCCAGAGGAAGGAUCUGUAUGACGGGAUGCAGCUUGAAACACGAAGCCAAAACACAAAUCCUUUAUCUCUUUCUGAAGCUGCUGCACUGUUCCUUAGUUCCUUACAGAAAGCAAAAGAAGGUAAAUGCAUGUUUUGUCUUACUCUGACCUUUUUAAAAAGGAGGUUUUCAGCAUUUCAUUUACUAACAACUUAG